AUGCCUCCUCUGUUCUUGCAGUCAGACGACAAGCAGCAAGCGCUGGAGGAGACCAAGAGCUACACCACCCAGUCUCUGGCCAGCGUCGCCUACCUCAUCAACACGCUGGCCAACAACGUGCUGCAGAUGCUGGACAUCCAGGCGUCGCAGCUCCGCCGCAUGGAGAGCUCCGUCAACCACAUUUCACAGCCAAUCCGGAGGAGACCAGUGCGCUACAACAUCAGGAAGCCCAUCGACUAGCUGCUGGACGACAUCGGACACGGAGUCAAGUGGCUGUUGAGGUUCAAGGUGAACGGUCAGCAGAACGUGAAACUCGGAGCAGGUCUGUCUCGGUCCAACCCGCCUUCCCAGAAACCACCGAGUCCUCCGAGGGCAGGAAAGGGAAUCUUAGGGAAGUGCUCCCCCUACAGGACUCUGGAGCCGGUGCGUCCUCCGGUGCUGCCCAACGACUACGCCUGCAGCCCCACGCACAAUAUGGCCGCCAGCCCGGUCCGCACAGCCACGCUCAGCCACCGACCACGAACGCACAGUGGCAGCAGUGGUGGCAGUCAUCCCAGCAGCAGUCGGAGCAGCAGCAGAGAGAACAGCGGCAGCGGCAGUGUGGGCGUUCCCAUCGCCGUGCCGACGCCCUCCCCACCCUCCACCUUCCCAGUGUCUCCGACCACAGGACCAGCUAGCUCCUCCUCCACUGCUCCUAACUCCUCCCCCUCUCCCUCCCCAACUCCCUCCUCCUUCUCCUCCUCCUCCUCCACCACCACCUUGACACAACCAAACGCACCCUUCCCACCAAACACACCCUCAAAGCAUGCCGACUCCUCUCUUCAACCAAACCUGCAAUCAAACACACCCACCAACAUGUCCCCGCCCUCUAACCCCGCCCCCGGCACCUCCGAGGUCCAAUCAGCUGUAACUUCUGGAGAACUGUCUCCUGUCCUUCCUCCCGCCCCUCCUCCUCCUGCGCUCUCCUCCUCCUCCUCCUCUUCAUCACCUGCUGAAGGUCCCAUCAUCCCUCAGUUCUACAGCAUGAACCGGCCUCAGCCCCGACAGCAGGCCGCACAGGUGGGAGGCUCGCUGCCGUACCGCCGCCCGCCGUCUGUGACCGCGCAGCCAAGCGCAACACAGAACCAGGUCAACGGCGGGCCGUACUACAACCAGAGCCCAGCCUCCCCCCCGCCUCCCUCACUCCUCCAGUUCACUCCUCAGCUCCCUCUCAUGGGCUUCGUGGCUCGAGUUCAGGAGUCCAUCUCAGACGCACCUCCUCCACCUGACCCGGCUGAGAGCCAAUCAGAGGAGCCUCUGUCCUCUCCUCAGCCGAUGGAGGACGGACGUGAAGAGGACUCUGCGGUCGUGGAGUACAACGACCCGUACGCUGAAGAAGACCCGCCGUGGGCCCCCAGAAACUACCUGGAGAAAGUGGUUGCCAUCUACGACUACGCUGCCGACAAGGAGGACGAGUUGUCGUUCCAGGAAGGAGCGAUCAUCUACGUGAUCAAGAAGAACGAGGACGGCUGGUUUGAAGGCGUGAUGAGCGCCACCACCGGCCUCUUCCCCGGAAACUACGUGGAGUCCAUCAUGCACUACGCCGACUGACGAGCACGUCGCCAUCUGCUCGUUAAUGUGUGGUGUGACUUUUUAAAUUGACUUUGCUCAACGUCAGCACUUCAUGGAGCCAUAACUUCAUGCUCAAACUGGGCUCUGAUGUUGGACUUGUACUAAAUACUGACUCAUCAACAACAUAUUAUUUCAUGUUCGUCUUCGUGCAGAUGUCCAGCAUCCAUCAAACAUAUUUUCAUUGUUCUCCUGUUGGAGCCUUCUCAGUCAGCGCUCAGCUACCCGCUGGUCCUGAAGUCCUGUUUGUAGUGAUGUAGUGAAGUGGACCGGGUGGAGUUCUGGACGUGUUUACAGUGUGUAUGCUGCAUGCCUGAUGUAUCAAACUUCAGUUUGUUGUAGUAGUUUGAGCCGGACCUCGUGAUGUUUUCGUGCCGUGCUGUGACGUUCGGCUGUAACAGCCCUUUAACUCCAGGCUCACUCUCAGGUGGUGGAGGUGGAUUUCUUUGUGCCAUAGGUGGAGGAGUCGUGGUGUGCCUACGAGUGUGUACAGUGUGAGUGUGUAGAGUGUGUACAGUGUGUGUGUGUGUGUGAUCGGGUAUGAACCAAACGUUCCCUCGUGGACCUGAAACCAGUGUUUCCUCAUCGUACAGUGUUGUUGACCACAAAAACCAGAGACGAGCUCUCAGCAUGGAUCUCCUCUUUAACGCCAGCAUCGAUUCCAACUCAGGAAAGGAUCCUCAUUCUUCAUCCUGCCUACAAAGUGAUUGGCUCACUUGUCCCUGAACAUCCUCAGGACUGGACCAGGUCUUAGGCUCCUGAAGGUUCUCCUCUGGUCUUUGUGUCGCCUGCAGUAUCCCUUUAAUAACGUGGACUGAGAGAUGCCGUGUGACUCUGCUUCAUCUUCAAACCUCUGAUGUCAUUUUAGGUUGAUUCUGAAAAAUGUGCACACAUUCAUUAAAGUCCAACAAAUCUUAAAA